CCCCCCAAACUAUACCCCAUAAUUCGCUUGAACUAUCAUCCCGCAGCUUGCUCCGCUUGGAUCUUGUAUCCUAUUCAAGAUUCAUUCUAUCAAUUUUCGUUCAAGAUCGAUCUCCAAGAACGUGAUCAUGUCUCUCUCACGAGUGCCGCGUUUCGCAUCACAUCGCCUCUCUCGUCUGGGUGCUCCUACUAUCCGUCCAACCCAGGUUCACGCACCACCUCUAAUUGGUUUGCAAGCACAUCGAGCCGCCUUGCACUCAAGCUCCAUUACCAGAUCAGCCAGUGCACACGAGGAUCAUUACGACCCUCCGUCGGGAUGGCUUUGGGGAGUACCUCCGUCAGAGCGCGGUAAAAAGGAAGGAUGGGAGACCAUUUGGUUUUACGGGUUCUUUGGGAGUUUGGCGCUUGCCGCUGUGGCCUACGCGUUCAAACCUGACACAUCGAUCCAAACAUGGGCACUAGAGGAAGCCCGCAGGAGACUGGAGGCUGAAGGAAUCUUGCCCGACCCGGAUGUCACUUCAACGAAGAAAUGA